UCCGUCUCUCUCGCUGUCUCUCUCUUUCAAGAGGUAACAACGAUUGCCUCCCUCCUGAGGUUUCUCUUCCCGGAAUCGCGUCGCUCGCUGAGAAAGAGAUACAGAGAGAUGUGUCCUCGAGCUGCUCCAACAUGCGAAAUCUGCGUGAAAGUUGUAUCCAAAUACAAGUGCCCGUCUUGUCUUGUUCCUUACUGCUCCUUGGGUUGUUUCAAGAAGCACAAAGAGACUCCAUGUGCUAAGCCUUCUUCAACCGAGGAAAAGCCAGCAGCUUCUCCAGGAAAGGAAGUUCUGGUGGAUAGACCGGUACAUGUUGAGGAAUCAAGUGAUGUUGCAGGAAAGACACAGCUCGAGGCUAGUGCUGCAACUCCAGCAAAGGAAGUUAUGGUGGCAAGACCGAUAAAUGUAGAGGAAGAAAAGUAUGUUGUAGAGAAGACACAGCUCGAGGCAAUCGCUUCUUCUAGUGAAAUCCGAGAAGCGCUAAAGGAUGAAGCCCUUCAGAAACUCAUCUGCAAUAUUGAUAGUUCGUCCAACCCUUUAUCGGAACUCGAUCAAGCUAUGGGAGUAGAAGCUUUCCGCGUGUUCACGGAAAAGAUUCUAUCAAACAUUUCCAAGAGUAAAGAUGCGCAAUGAUAUCCGAGCAGAAGUUCCUGAAGUUAUUCUUGAUUAGUAUUUUCGUUAAAGUUCCAUUUGCACGAGAGAAAUGUUCAUUGGCUGUGAAAAAACAAGUCGUUUUGUAAACACAUACAUACAUAUAUUCUUUGGCCCACAUUAGAACAUGUAUAUAUUAACCCCGAGAUUCC